AUGGUAAAAGAGCAUAGGGAGGCCAAGUGGAAAAAGAUAGGUUUAUCUAGUAUUUUUGUCGUGAUAUUAGUAAUAACGUAUUAUUUUGUUCGAAAGGAUUUAAUGAAUGGAGAAAGUGAUCUAGCAAUUGGGAUCCCUAAGAUAAACGUCCUGGCUGAUAAUCUGCACAUUGAUGAUCCUAAUAAAAGAAUAGUGUUCGUUGGAGAUGUCCAUGGGCAAUUCAAGGAAUUGGAUAAUUUAAUAAAUAAGAAGCUCGGGGGGCUUGAUGACGAGACGUUACUUAUUUUGCUCGGCGAUUUUACGAUGAAAGGUCCAGAUUCAGAAAAAGUUAUCGAUUUCAUCUUGGAUAAUAAAGCCAAUGUGAAAUGUCUAUUGGGUAAUCAUGAAGUAUCAUUAUUAUUAGCAUUUCUCAAAGGUAAUUUGUUUUUCGAUAAUGACAGUGUUAUUAAACGUAAAGAAUUCAAAGUAACCGAAAAUCAUGUAAAUUUAGCCAACAAGAUAGGCUUUAGAAAACUGAGUGCAUUGGCUCGACAUUGUUCGGUAUUAACGCGACUAGAACUGGGCCUUACAGAUGAGAUAUUAUAUGGCGUACAUGCGGGGAUGUUACCAAAUGUAGUCAAUGAUGAUGAAAAUAAAUUCAACGUCAAUUCGCUCGUUGAAAUGAAGUAUGUAAACGAUAGGGAUUGGAGUGAGGCUUCAAGGGAUAAGGACGAUAUAUCGCAUCCAGUACGAUGGUACAAAAUAUGGGAAGAUUACGUAGAAAAGCAUAAAGAGUUGAAAAAUAUCACUAUUCUCUAUGGGCACGAUGCGAGGAAAGGUUUAAAUAUACGUAACUUCACAAAAGGUUUAGAUUCAGCAUGUGUGAAAGGUGGGAAACUGUCUGCAAUGGAAUACACUUACGAUAAGAAAAAAGGCAAAUAUAAUGCAAGACUAAUUCAACAGGACUGUUUGUAG